GAAAGUUUUGAACUGAAAUGUCCCUGAAAUGCAGAAAACGCGUCACUUAUGUUAUUUGUGGGCUGUUUUUCCUGAUGGGAGGAAUCGAGUACGCAGUUAUUCUCCCCACGCUGUGGUUGUACAUGAAGAACAAAUUUCACGUUCACCCGUAUUUCCUCGGACUUGUGUUGUCAGCCUACAGUUUCUCAGCACUUCUGUUUUCACCUGUGAUCGGUAGAUGUUCAGACGUAUUCAGGAGGCCAAAAUUGCUUUUAAUUCUUUGCACAUUUUGGGAGGUGGCUGGUAAUACAAUGUAUUUCAUGGGGAUAUCCAAAUGGUUUCUCUUGGGAAGUAGACUUGUAAGUGGUUUAGGCGCCGGCGGGGAAGCUUUAAUCUUAGCUGAAAUAGGCCGAGUCACAUCAGAAGAGGACAGGACAGGAAUCAUUUCUUCCCUUGUAUCAAUGAGACAGUUAGGGCUUGUUUUUGGACCAGGACUUAAUUUCUUCCUCCGCCUUUCUAAUUUCUAUAUUGGACCAUUCAUUGUCGAUAAAUUUACUGCCCCAGGUGCGUUUAUGGCAUGUAUGUGGACAUUACAGUGCAUUUUUCUUAUUUUCUUUUUUACAGAUCUUCAUAUUUUGUAUGGAAGUAUUGAAAAGAAAAUUCAAACUACUGCAGAAAAGAUUGGACAACAGGAAAAUGUACAUUACGAAAUUACAGAUAGUAACAAGAAAAGCCCAAAGCUGACACUGAAACUUUUGUAUAAUGAUUAUAUAAGAGAGGAGAUCAUUGUGCUGAUUGCCUUGCAGUUCAACAGCUUUUUCAACCAAGUUGCCCUUGAAACAAUGGCAACUCCAUUGUCACAGAAACUACUCAACUGGGGGGAAAUUGAGAACAGUAUUAUGUAUUGCUUAGCUGGGGUUGAAGUAGUCAUUGUUUUCAUGCUAGUAAGAUUUCUCAGCAAAAGAUUACAAGAUCGUGUGAUGUUAUUGUUUGGUUGUGCGAUACUUACUUUAGCAAACUGUUGGCUAAUUUAUGUUGUCCCUCAUUCCACACCAGAAACUCCACAGAAAAAUAUUGCUUUUUUUGCCAUAGGCAUUAUUCUGGAUAUGUUAGCUCUUCCAUUUUUAGUUGUGUGCACUAUAUCAUUAUAUUCAAAACUGACCAGGAAAGAGACUCAGGGUUUAAGCCAGGGUAUAAGAAGAAGUGUGGUGGGAAUAAGCUGUAUCAUUGCGCCUUUGUGGGCUGGUUCAACAAUCGAUAAACCUUAUCUUAUGUUUGGUGUGAUGAUAGGACUCCUGGCAAUGGCUCUGCUGAUGCUAUCAAUGUCUUUCAGGAAACUGAAAACAAAAACAGAUGGAAAACCAAAUAAUUGUGAAAAUCAGGAACAGAGUUGCACCAUUCAGGCUGAAAAGGAUGAAGAGAGACAACCUCUACUGUCCUAAGAUAGAUACAUGUAUUUAUAGUAAUAAGAUAUAUACUUGAAUCUUAUUUACAGUAUACUAUAUAUUAUGUUCCAUAUAAGAUAAAGCUCAAAAUUGUAAUUCAUAAACACAUAGUUUCUGCAAUAGAAAAAACUCAUUUAUAGUAAAUACAUUUCAUCAUUAAACACUUUCAUCUCAUAUGAGAGCAAAAAAAUUCAUUUGUUAAAUUUGUACUGUAUAACGUUAACAUGUGUUGAAACACAAUUUAAGCUUAA